GGGGGCGGGACCUAUGCUCCCUUAGCCGGGAAGAGUUUGUAGCCAGGGCGGGGCAGGCGGGGGAGCUCCUACACACCCACCUUGCUAUACUCAGGGGGCAAACUGUAGAACCUUGCCACACCUCCUUUGCCUCUACAUACAGAAGCCACACCCCCUCUGGGUCGAGUUCUGAACCAGCUACACCGGGGAGGGACACGCCCCUAAGCGAUCUGAAUACGCCUCCUCCUUCUAAUAGUUCACAAGUGAUAUCCUGGUAUGGGAAGGGGAACGAGGUGAAUUUCGACUAGUAGAACCUGAUGAGGUGGCCAGGAGAUGGGGGGACAGGAAGAAUAAGAUUAACAUGAACUAUGACAAGCUCAGUAGGGCACUCAGGUACUACUACGACAAGAAUAUCCUGACCAAGAUAUCCGGGAAGAGGUACGCCUACAGGUUUGAUUUUCACAGUCUUCUCCUGGCCUGUCAGGCCCAACAGUCUCCUACACCAUCAGAUACUAAACUUACAGAACUAACAGGGAUACUUGCUCCUUUCCUUAAUUCUACUCCAGGUACUUCAGGUACCACUAGUUCAAGUUCUCCGGGUUCAACAAAACCCUCCACGGGUCCUACCCAACCCUCUCCAGGACCAUCACAACCAUCCCCUGCUCCAUCUACUCCGAUAUCUCCGUGUUCUCCGGUAGAUCAGUCCAACCCUCCACCACAGUAUACAGACCAAAGGACAGAUCCACCUGCUUAUACAUCCUUUGCAAGGACGUCGAGCAAUUAUUUUAACAGCUCUGAACCACCGUCUUUCUCAAGCUUUGAGACUGAGUUCUCCCGGUCCUCUGACUCCUAUAUGGAACAGAGUUCAAUGAGUUCGGAGAUUACUCCUUGUUCUCCAGAGUACACGGAGUCAUUCCAACCAGUCCCAGAGUUCUCUCAGUUCCCAGAUCUGUAUGCUCAACCUCAACCUGAGAUACAAGCUUCCAGCUCAGCACUCUUCUUAGACCUGGAGGAGAGUUGGAACUAUGAUAUGUGGGGUGCGGAGGAAUCCAACCCAGCCCAAACCUUUAGUUCUCCUCCGAACCCAAACCAGAGCUACGGUUCUACUCCAAACCUGAAUUCAAGUACAGAUCAGAUUAUCCAAUCCUUCUCUUCAUCUCCGAACCUGUCCACACCAGAUCAUUUAUCCUUCUUCUCCUCUCCGACCCAACCUCAACCCUAUCAUCCAUCAUCCAACCUCAACCAAUACUUUCUCUCUUCUCCGAAUCUAGCUCCGGACAGUUCCUGGUCUCAGGUACAACCUGGAGUAGAGCGGAGCAAUUCUGUUCCAGCAGACAUGUUUUUUAAUCUUCUAAACUAAUCAAACCCAAACCAUAGUUAGAUAACGGAUAGAAAGGAUAUCAAGUAUGUGCAAGGAGAAUUCUGCCAUUUUUUGUUACCUCUAUAAGCUUUUUUAAAACAAAUUUCAUUUUUCAUACUUUGUUUUUCUGUCCCAGUUUAUAAAUGAAACAUUUUGGAUUUUAUACGCAGCACACACGGUCAAAAGGCAUAAAAUUGUGUACAAAAAUGUUUAUUAAUCUAUAUUUACAUUUAUAAAAUCAGCUAAAAAUGAAUCUCUACAGGACGUUCAAAAGAACAUGCAGCAGUACAAAAACAACUGUUCAAAAGUAUCUAUAUAUAAAUAUAUAUAUAAUGUAAAUAAUAUUUAUGAGAUUAUAUUUUGUCUUUUACAGAUAUUUUAUGUUUUUAUCACUUUCUAUUAAUUCUCUACAGAUUGUACAGCGUAACGUAUUAUAAGAUUUCUUUUCUGUGGUUUCAAAGUUUAUUUCAUAUUUUCAAUAUAAGUAUAAAGGGGCUGUAGACGUAUUUUCAAUAUAAGUAUAAAGGGACUGUAGACGUAUUUUUAAGUAACCCUUUAGUUUUAGAGUGGCAUUGUCCAAAUCACAAAGGUACCCUUGAAACUUUGUAAGAUCAAAGAUUUGUUUGUAGUUGAAAAUUUAUCAUUUUUAACAGUGAUGAUUAGUAAAAGCGCGAAUUGUAGAUUUAUACUGAUGAGGAAAUUCAAAAGUUUUAAAAGAUAAAAAAAUUAUAUUUUUUAAUGAUUCUUAUAUAACAGAAGUUAAAGGGUAUCGUUGUGAAUCGAACACGGAUGAAAUGUUUAGUAAACAAACAUUUCUGAAUUGGAUUAUCCCUUUCAAAGGUAUAAAAUAAAUCUGUAAACAUGGCUAGCUCAUAUACGAAUGUGAUUCAUUGUUAAUAUUGUCUUUAUAUAAAUAUAGAUCUAAUCUUCGAA